AUUUUUAUUUGACUUUAGUUUCAUUUUCUUUGUUAAAGUGUAAACCUACUUCAUUUAGAAUAAUCAACUGCACUUUACUCCUUUCUCCACCUUGUUCUUUUGUAUUGAAAAAAACAAAACAAAAAACAAAGCUGUUGAUUAAAGUAUCAAUGUGAAAGCAGAUCCACAUGACAAACCCUUUCAGCUGGAGCACGCCUCUCGCAAAGCAGGAAUGUGAAAUGUACCUGAACUGGAUCCUGUAUGAGGAAGAAUGGCAGCAGAAACUCACCAACAAUGUGCUGGUUUCAGGAAAAAGAUUUCCCUGACACGUCUGACAACAUCAGAACACAUUUAUCUCAAGUCAGCUGCGGCACACUCCGAACAAACUGAAGCUGCUAAGCUUGGAAAACAAUGGACGAGUGCUGCUUGUCUCCUGAAGAAGAAGAGGGCCGGAGGAUAUCCAGAGAAAUAGAGAAACAACUUAAACGGGAUAAACUAAACCUUAAACGGGAACUGAAGUUGCUGCUUUUAGGAACUGGUGAAAGUGGGAAGAGCACCUUUAUCAAACAAAUGAGGAUCAUUCAUGGCAAUGGGUACAGUGAAAAUGACAGAAAACAAUUCACUCGUCUUAUCUUCCAGAAUAUCUUCAUAGCCAUCCAGGCGCUGAUUGAUGCCAUGAAGACUCUAAAGAUUGGCUAUGCUGAUGCCAAAAAUGCUGGAGAUGCGGAGAAACUGAGGCAAGUGGAGGAUAUGGAUGUUUUCACGGGCUGGCAGGUGGAUGCCAUUAAGCGAGUGUGGAAUGACCGUGGCAUACAAGAGUGCUAUGAGCGCAGGAGGGAGUACCAGCUAUCAGACUCUGCCAAAUACUAUCUGAGUGACGUGGACAGAAUUGCAGUCCCAGGAUAUGUCCCCACUGUUCAGGACAUUUUGAGGGUCCGUGUAGCAACAACAGGCAUCAUAGAGUACAUGUUUGAUAUGUCAAAGGUCAUCUUCAGGAUGGUGGAUGUAGGGGGCCAGCGUUCAGAGAGGAAGAAAUGGAUCCAUAGUUUUGAAGACGUCACUUCUGUCAUAUUCCUGGCGGCUCUGAGUGAAUACGAUCAAGUCCUUUAUGAAAGCCAGAGCGAGAAUCGACUACGUGAGAGCAUCGCCCUGUUUCAGACAAUCUGCAUGUCUGAUUGGUUUCAAAACUCUUCCACCAUCCUUUUCCUGAACAAAAAAGAUCUUCUGGAAGAGAAAAUCACCAAGUCAGAUUUGGCGACCUACUUUCCAGAAUAUGCUGGACCGAAGGGCGAUGCCAAUUCAGCACAAAAGUUUAUCGAGAAGUUGUACGUCCAAUUACACAGCAAGGAUUCCAAACCCCUCUAUACACACUUUACCUGCGCCACAGACACGGAGAACAUCCGGGUCGUCUUCAAAGCUGUCAAAGACACACUCUUUCAAGAUAACCUUGAAAAAUUUGGCAUUGUAUGAGAGAAAACCAAGCGAUGACUUUUAUUUUCUGAAGCCCAAAAGAACAAUUACAAAUACAUGUUGCAAUGUUUCGAUAUUGGAAUACUGUCAGACUCAGGUUUUUUAACCAUAAAGAAACGAGCAUCAAAGGUGAAGGUUUUUAUUUUCUAAAUAUUGAAUAACAUAAUUUUAUUAAAAUACCAGUGUGUCAAAGUAGUAAAAUAUGAAACAAAUUCCAUUAAAAUUAUACAGUGAAAAUUAGAAAUAUUUAACCUUGUCAUCUCAAUACAUUAUCCUGAUGUGGUUAAAAGAUUAUUACCUUAAAUAGCACCAAAAAAAAUAAAAUAAAUAAAUUACUGAUAAUACCUCAGAAGAUGACUUAAGUUCAAUUGAAAAGUUUAACAUUCAUGUUUCCUCCCACCUCCCAUGCAUAUUUUGAACAAAACAUCAACAACAACCCACCUCCAUGCUUGACUGUGCGGUUAUUAUUCUUAUAGUCUUGAUCCUGGCCCUUCUCAAACCAUGAAUCCAAAUGUCCAAAUGUUUGCAGUGUGACAAAUUCCAGUUUGGUUUUUAUCCAUUUACAAAACUUUUGUCUCAUCCAAAUUCAUCUGACAUGUUCUGGGUGACCUUUGAUGAAUGGAGUGUCUGUUGGAGUCGGGCCACGACAUCCUCUUGUAUUCUUGUUAUGACUUGCAGUUGCCAUGGAGCAUUUAUACCAAACCUUAUCAUAAGAUUAGUAUGCUUAUUGAGGUCUCUUAUUUUGGAAAGACCGAGUAAAUUUAUUCUAGUGUAUUGGAUAAGACAUUACAGAAAAUAAUCCAUGAAAAAUACAUUAAAAUAGAUUACUUUGGCAAAAGGGUACAUUUGGUAUAAUGUUUUUCUUCCCAAGAGAUUAUAAAACUUAUUUGUGCUGCAGAGCUGAACACAACACAUUUAAGUCGCCUAUGUUUACAAAAUGCAAAUCAAUAAGAACUGAUCAUUCUUCUCAGAGUACGUUUUAUACAACUUCUUCAACAACGAUGUUAUUAGACAAGUUUGACUAAGUUCAACUAAGUAUGACAGCACUUCCUGCUUACCAGCUUUCAAAGGAGGACGUAAAAGUAUCCCCAGCAGACAGCUAAAGCACCUUGUCUUUAUUUUUUUUUUCCUUUAAUCAACAGUGAUGAUGAGAGUUUUAUUUUAAAAAUCCUUUUAUAUGUGUUAGUCACCACUAUAUUUUUAAAAUCCAAAUAAUAAAGCUUCAUGUUGUGUAUGCCCGUGUCGUAAGACCUGAAUUAAAGUGCAUCUGUGGCUGGGUUGUUUUCCAUUGUGUGUACAUAAAAAUGCAAUUUAUUUUAAUUUACAUUUUUUAAAGGAUUUGUGAUGAAAUACAGCAUGUGUAAGACAGAA